AUGAUUCCUUUGAAUCAAUGUAUGAGCUAUUCUUACUUGUAUGAAGACAUUUUCCGUACAUUCCAGUUUUUGCCAAGUGAUGUUAUUGAGCUUCAGUAUUCAGUUCCUGGUUGUGAAGUUUGUUUUCUCCGUAACGAUCGUGAUUUCCAAAUGCUGUUCUGCGCUGCUAGAAUACAUAAGUUAGAUUGUGUUAAGAUUUCUGUUUUAAAGAUUGGUGGAAGCUGCAGCAGAACUUGUUCAGUGGAUAGUUGUUCGACAGUUAUUGAUGAAGACAAUUAUUUGGGGGAGGCCUUUAGGACUGAAGUUCACAAGACGUAUUUGUCUGAUGAGUGGAGUUCUUAUAUUCAUCAUGUUGGGGAGAAGUUUCAUGGUGCAGCUGAGCUCCGUGAGAAGCUCAGGAAGUAUGUAAUUGCAGUUGGUUUCGAGUUUGUAUUUUUGAGAAAUGAUUUGGACCGUAUUCAUGCAGUCAGUUCAAAUGUUGGAACCGAAGGUUGUGAUUGGCAUCUUUGCGCUCUGUCAUCAUCUGCCAAUGGCUGCCUUUAUAUAAUAGAGUUGAAUAAUAUUCACACUUGCAAGGGUGUAGUGAGGACUCAAAAGCACAAGCUUUUGGGAUUCAAGGUUGUCAAGACUUGCAUUGCUGCCGAUGUUAGCUAUAAUCUUUCAUUGAAGCCAAUGGAGAUUAUGAGUAAGUUCAAGUCAACAUAUGGGUUUGAUAUUUCCUACAAGGUUGCCUUGAAAGCAAAGCAUAGCGCUAAGAAAGCAAUUUAUGGUUCCGAUGCAGAUUCAUUCAACAAGUUAUCUUGGUAUAAGGAAGCUGUUUUGCAGAGUAACCCAGGCUCUUCUUUUGUGUUGGAAGUUGACCCAUCUACUAAUCGUUUUCAACGGCUUUUCGUGGUUUACAGAGGUUGUGUUGAAGGCUUCCAAUUUUGUUUGCCUGUGUUGUAUGUUGAUGGAACGUUUGGCAAAAGCAUUUACAAGGGUCAGAUUCUUUCUGCAACUGGAAGGAAUGGAAAUCAAGGUUUCUACCUUCUAGCCAUAUGUUUCUGUGAUUCUGAGACAGAUGCAAAUUGGACAUUCUUUUUCAAGCAUUUGAAGAGUUUGCUUGAACCUCAAGGAAGAGUCAUCACAUUUAUUAGUGAUCGGGGUACUGGAUUGUUGAGUGCUUUCGAUAAGGUAUUUGCUGGUCAUCCUCAUUUGUUUUGUUACAAGCAUUUGGUGGCGAACCUUGCCGGUAAAUAUAGGGGUAAAGGUAAUUCUGUCUUGAUAGAAGAUGUUAAGCAGAAGUUUUUUAAGGUUGCAUAUUCCUCUACUGAGAAGGAAUACCAUUUCAAUUUGCGGUUGCUUAGAGAAGUUGGUGGUGCCGAUAUUAUUGACCAUUUUCUUGCUGAAAUCCCUGUGCAAAAUUGGUGCCUUGCAGUUUAUACUAGCUGCCGAUAUGGAAUUAUGGGUAAUGAGAUUGCUGAAUCAUUUAACUCUUGGAUUGCGCGCAAUUGA